AUGACGGCCACUUACGAAAGUGCCGCUUUGAGGAAAUUCAGAUUCGGUCGCAUCGACAACAUCCGCGCUUCCAGCCAACAGGCGUUGGAUUUCUCAAAGUCCAUGUUAGAUCCUUCUGUGAGUCAGGCUGAAAAAUUGGAUAAAUUUCAAAAAGCCGUGAAAAAGCAAACCGAAAUUCUUCUCUACACAAUCAACGGAGAAGGACCGGAUAACCAUCUUCUGUGCUUAAAGGAAAUGGCUGCUCUACACGGCUUAGAAGAACCGGCGCUUUAUCAAACAAAUUAUUACAAAGAGUUCCUGGAUUUCCGCUUAUCCACCAGUCAGCUUCCCACGACCUACGACAUCGUAGUUGGAUACGGUCCCGUAGUGCCCGACGGAUACGGUUGUUCGUACAAUCCACAGGAGAAUCGUAUCGUCUUUUGCAUUUCGUCGUUCAAAAACGACCCCUCGACGGACUCGGAAAAGUUUGCACGGAAUCUGCAAGUGAGCUUGAUGGAUUUGAAGGAGCUUUCUGAGAGUGGAAAGACUGCAGUUUCCACCAGCUCACCGACAAAGGCUGCAGUUAAAGCUGAAGCAAAGAAAUAAAAUAAAUAAAAAUAUUAGUCCGAAUCGGCCAAUUGCACGUUUUCGGUUUAAGCUGCAGAAUUUCGAGUUCAAAAUUGUUUAAUAAUG